AGACAGGUCAUGCAUUGGAGUGUGUAAACUCUAGAUAAUUUAUAAUGCUCAGGCUUUAUUAAAUAACUUGGCGGAUAGCCAAUAACCAGCGACAUGAUUAUCUUUGCCGCAAAUACGUAGUUUUGCAGUUUACAUUUACUGAAUAUUUUAUGCUUAAAACUGAAGGAACCAUUUGCGCGCGGACAUACUGUUUUCAAAAAAUGUAACGAAUUUUCAGGGAAAAUGCAAUAAUGCAGGAUGUGAAAAUAUGGAUCGAAUGUCAACAAAUGUCGUCUGCAUGUUUGCUGUGAUGUUACAAAUGUCGAUGGAGAAUGUACACGCGCUUAUGCCGCACUAUAUGAGUAUGAUUCAAUGUCCGGCACGUUCAUUCUAUGACGUCACUAGGACCGACAAGGACAAAUGCAGCCCAUGCAUGAUUUGUCCUGAAGGCUUCCAAAUCAAAGAAAACUGCACAGGAACACGUGACACCGUUUGCGAAAUAUGCGCACCGGGAACAUUCAAUGACGUCAAAGGCGGGAAGUGCCGGAACUGCAGCGUCUGCUUUCCUGGUCAGUACACACAGCGUCACUGCCGAGCGCAUAAAGACGCCAUGUGCCGGAAGUGUCCUCAGUUCACGUUUUCGAGCCGACCAAACGUGGGUGUUUGCAGAUACUGUAGGACUUGCUUUCACAACCAGGAAGAACUAUCACCAUGUCGGCGGAAUCGGGACCGGAAAUGCGGACGAUGCAAGACAGGUUUCUUUAGAAGACCCGGUGGCGGUGGGUGCCUGCAGUGCUCCCAGUGUCUACCGGAAGUCCUCGCACCUCGGGUUAAAGCCUGCAUGCACCAGAAGGUCUUAGAUCCGGAACAGACCUGUUUCCCAACGGAAGUGGCUGAAAUGGAUGCGAUGCCGCCAAUUUUAUUAGGGAACACGGGUGAUAUCUUAACGCAAGGAGCGACGAAAAGAUUGCAAACAAAUGAAGAACGGCGGACAACAAGAUCGCAAAAGGGAGAAGAGGGCAAACAAGUUUAUGGGUCCUUUCUUUCGACGACCCUUUUUACAACAACUGUUGAUGAUCUACCGGAUGUCUUUUCAUGGCGGAUUGCGGCGUGGACCGGAAGUACUGUCGCCAUAUUUGUUCUGCUCCUCAUUGCACUGUGUUUUGUCCUUAAAAAGAUCAAUAUUGACUUCAAGAGCGACCCGCCGUAUUUUGUGCGCCUUUGAAGUUUGUGAUUUCAACUAACGUAUUGACAAAUUUUCCCAACUCAUGUUUAUUUUCAACCGUUUUUCGAUCUCUUUCCGGUAAUCUGUGUGGAAGUCCAGAAAGGGUAGGGUAACUUUUUGUAACAGUUCCGAUAAAUUAAUUACUUUUACUAUUUGCAAGAGAGAUGGGAGGUGUGUUUUGUUAACAGUUACAUCAUUCAACGUUUUUAGCACUUAGAGUUUAUCGGAUUUGUGGUUGUAACGGAUAAAAUAUCUUGCGCAUAUGAACAGAUUUCUCAGUCUUGUGUUAAAGUACUUUUAUUAAUUAAGAGUGAUAAGUGUUCAUUAUUUUCGUUUAAACGUCCAUUUGCUAUUAAACUGUUUACGCGUUAUAUGUUUUAUUGCAGUGUAUACAUUUUCAUACACUUUUGACUUUAUAAUAUAACCAUAUGCUCACCCGACGCCAUUUAACAAAUGUUAGCAAAUUGGGGUUGUCCUUUCACAUUUCACAGAAUAUAAUACUCAUUAUAUCAGUAUAUAUAUAUUAUUCAUCUGAUAACGUUAGAUUUCGUAAAGAUAAUUGUUAUCACCAUAUUAAUUAAUAUUUAUCGAUUUGUGUAAUCGUCUUACAAUUUAAGUAUACAUCAUACAUAACGAUUGCGAAUGAAAACAAAAGUCUAAUGUUAUUUCACUUUAUCCGUUAGUAUGUUUCUUUGUUUUAUUAUCUUUUGUUAACUUGGUGAAGUUGUUUUAUUCUUUAAAUAUUGUUAAAUGUUGAACAUAAUACAUAUAAAAUACCAUAUCGUGAGUAUGGCUUUUUCUCAUCACUCGCUAUUUAUGGCUUCAAAUGGGAAUGAAUUAAUCGGGCGAAAUAAAGAUAUACAAUUGAAAA